UCGGCCCUUCGGGAAAAUUUGCGUACCCUAAAUAAUUUCGCCUACUUCAGCCUACUUCAACCUACUAAUCAUACUCACUUAACUCGCCACGUGCAGUGGGGUGCAAUGCCUACAUUAUAGGAAUAAGAUACGAUGUAAAAUCAGCGCCUCCGAAGAUUACAACUUAGACCCAUUAUGCAUGCGACACAGCACGCAUCGCUUUAUAAAGGCAAAUAACGCGAUUUAUUUUCCACGUAGCGAAGCUCCUCCAACAGAAAAGUGACAAGGCUUACGAUGUUCGUGUCAUCCGUUCUUGAUGCGGUACUUGCAGCUACCACCAUAACCUUGAGAUACUCGACUAUUUUGUUCGUACGAUUCUACCCGAUUGCCCGUUAUCUGCCCCGAAUAUAUAUCAAUUUCGCUGCAUAUGCGCUGCUGGCUCUGCUGCAGUUGAUUCUGAGUUUCCGUUAUGCAGCCAAGCGACGUCGAUCCCCUUCUUUCGUUGUGCUUUUGGGGUGGCUUGACGUGACAAGACCUCUGCUCUCUACACUGACUGCUCUCGCCAAUGUUCUCUGCCUUGUCGCUGCCGUCGACUUUGUCUACAGGGGCCAGUACUUCCAUCCAAGCCAUGACUUAUCGUUUUCACGAAUGGGUUAUGUUGAUGCUACUUCUGCCCGUAUCGUGGUCCGGGCUCCGCAAGCAUCGAUCGUGGAGCUGCAGCUCAGGCUAGACACAAAGACCGGCAACCAAGCACCCGCAAUCGUUCGUGGCCUUUCAGGAGCAACUGACUGGGUGGGGACUUUCACACUCGAAAAUUUAAUGCCAGAUUCCUCAUAUAUUUAUGAGACUAAUGCGAGUCAUGCUGGAACUUUUAAAACGGCAAAAGAGCACCCAAAAAGGUGGUCGAUGAUUCAGACCAGCUGUGUCAAGCCCUUCUACCCGUACAGCCCCUUGGAUCACGCCUUGGAUGUUAAGGGACUGGACCAUCUCGGUCGGUAUCUCAGUAACCGCACUGCAGACUUUAUGCUGUUUCUCGGAGAUUUCAUCUACAUCGACUUGCCAUAUCCGCUCGGUUGGACUCAGGAUCACUAUACGAAACUGUACCGUCAGACCUACGCCUCACCCAGUUGGACCACGGAACUCCGAGCACUGCCGUGGUUGCAUGUUUAUGACGACCACGAGUUUGUUAAUGACUGGUCUGGAAAUGAGACGGGUCUGUACCAGACAGCAGUGGCGCCAUACUGGCAUUAUCAGGGUCAUGCAAACCCGCCGUCUCCCACUCAAUUCGGUACGGGUGCAUCGUAUUAUACGUUUUCUCGGGGCGACGUUGCCUUUUUCGUGCUCGACACACGUCGGUACAGAUCCCCGUCAGACAAGUUAGAUGGCCCUGAUAAAACCAUGUUAGGGCAUGUGCAGCGAGAACACCUCCGAAAGUGGCUUCGAGAGGAACGCAGGUGGAAAGUCGUCGUGAGCAGUGUGCCUUGGACACGCACGUGGGUUAGUCAAGACCAGAGCGAUCGGUGGGCUGGCUAUAUGCAUGAGCGAGAAAUGCUGUUUGAGUGGAUGAAGGAAACCGAUGGCGUUCUUCUUUUGAGUGGUGACCGCCAUGAACACACAACCACUCUCUUCCCACAUUCUUCAGAAAAGGGAAAGACGCUUAUUGAGUUCUCGACGUCCGCCCUGAAUCAGUUCUAUGAGCCGUUUGAUCGUUUUCAUGUCCCGGUUUAUGGAAAUGAUGAGGCGGUAUAUAACCACUAUCGAGGCAACUCCAAAUUUGCGUACUUCUCAUUUGAUACGACGGAUCCAUCUCUUUGGGUGAUUCAGUUUGACCUGAUCGUGGAUGGGGAGAAGGUUUGGAAUUAUGAGUGGGUAUACAAGAGGAAAUCAUAUCCCUCCUGA